AUGGCCUCUGUCUUCGAGAACGUCACCGCUGCCCCUGCGGAUAUCAUCUUUGCCCUCACAGCCGACUACAAGGCCGACCCCAACCCCAGCAAGGUGAACCUCGGCGUCGGUGCCUACCGCACUGAGGAGGGAAAGCCCUGGGUUCUUCCUGUCGUCCACAAGGCCGACCACAUCAUGGUCGAUGACGAGAACCUGGAUCACGAAUAUCUGCCCAUUCUCGGUCUUGAGAACUUCCGCAAGGCUUCGGCUAAGCUGAUCCUCGGCGCUGACUCAAAGGCCAUUGCCGAGGGUCGCGUCGGUGCUGCCCAAUGCAUCUCUGGAACUGGUGCCGUCUAUGCCGGGGCACACUUUCUCUCCAAGCACUACCCCUUCAAGAGCGCUGCCUGCUACAUCUCCAAGCCCACCUGGGCCAACCACCGUGCCAUCUUCGAGGGUGUCGGCAUCCCCGUCCUCGAGUACCCUUACUGGGACGCCGAGACCAAGGGUCUCGAUCUCCAAGGCAUGCUCGGCGCCAUGGAGGCAGCCCCUAGCGGAUCGAUCUUCUUGCUCCACCCCUGCGCUCACAACCCCACCGGAGUUGAUCCCACCCCCGAUCAGUGGAAGCAGAUCGCUGACGUCAUGGAGUCCAAGGGUCACUUCACCUUCUUCGACACUGCCUACCAGGGCUUCGCCUCCGGCAGCUUGGACAAGGAUGCCUACUCCGUCCGCUACUUUGUUGAGCGCGGCUUCGAGAUGUUCAUCGCUCAGUCCUUCUCCAAAAACUUCGGUCUUUACUCUGAGCGUGCCGGUAACCUGACGAUCGUCGCUCGCACCCCCGAGAUCAAGAACAAGAUCGAGUCCCAGAUCGCCAAGGCCCAGCGUGCCGUCAUCUCCAACCCUCCCGCCUACGGCUCCAGAGUCGUCAGCCUGGUAUUGAACGAUGAGACGCUUUACAAGGAGUGGGAGGGAAACCUGUCGACGAUGGCAAACCGUAUCAUCUCGAUGCGUCAGGCACUGUUUGACGAGCUGAAGAACUUGGGCACCCCCGGAACCUGGAACCACAUUGUUGAUCAGAUCGGCAUGUUCUCCUUCACGGGAUUGACCACCCCUCAGGUCAAGGUCCUGAAGGAGAAGUACCACGUCUAUUUGACCGAUAACGGACGCAUCUCCAUGGCUGGUCUCAACACCAAGAAUGUCAAGUACUUUGCCCAGGCUGUCGAUGAUGUUGUUCGCAACCAUUAA